GUGCUCCAUCCUGUCCAACGCCACGGUGAAGUGUGACACCGGAGUCUACCGGUCGCUGCAGGCCUGGAAGGACCACAAGCUGCACAUCGACCACGAGAUCGAGACUCUGCAGACCAGAAUCAAUAACCUGAGGGAGGUCAGAGGUCACCUGAAGAAGUCCCGCCCCCUGCAGUGUGACUGCAACAAGUACCUGUACAAAGCUAAGAUGAAGAAGAAGCUCAGGUACCGAGGAGGAGGAGGCCUUCAUCCCUUCAGGAAGGGCGGGGCUCGGGACGAAAAGGCGUGGCUUCAGAAGGAGCAGAGGAGGAGGAAGAAGAUGAGGAAGAUGAUAAAGAGGAUCAAAAACAACGACACGUGCUCCAUGCCCGGACUCACCUGCUUCACUCACGACAACCAGCACUGGCACACGCCGCCCUUCUGGACACUGGGCUCGUUCUGCGCCUGCACCAGCGCCAACAACAACACAUACUGGUGCCUGAGGACCAUCAACGACACACACAACUUCCUGUUCUGUGAGUUCGCCACCGGCUUCCUGGAGUACUUCGACCUCAGCACGGACCCGUACCAGCUGAUAAACGCCGUCAGCUCUUUGGACCGAACGGUUCUGAACCAGCUGCACGUCCAGCUGAUGGAGCUGAGGGGCUGCAGGGGGCACAAGCAGUGUAACCCCCGUACACACUCCGUGGACCUGGGAGGGCGGGCUGACGCCAGCUUUGAUGACUACAGGCUGUUUGAGAGGAGGAAGUGGCCGAGAGUCAAGAAACCUUCGUCGUCUCUAGKUCCGAUCUGGGACGGAUGGAAAGGCUAAGUCUCCUGAUUGGCUCAGGCUGACUCCAGACUCCGCCCACAGUAGUCUGAAGGAGAAUGGCGUGGUCUCAGAGCUGACAGCGGCACGCCCCCACCCCGCCCACCAGCCAAUCAGCUUCUGGAACAUCUGUGACAUCACUCCACUCUCCUGCGCUGCGAAGAAACGCUCGACGAGACUCUUCAUCAGCUGCUCCUUCCUCCUCCUCCUCCUGUUGCUCUGAGGAGGGAGGAGCCAGAAGGAGGAGGGGCCAGGGGAGGGGGAGGAGCUAAAGGAGGAGUAAAACUCUAAAGAGCAGUUUUUUCCCUGGGUUUUGUCUUUCAGGUGAAGUGAUGGAGGACCACACUGUUUUUAUUUUGAUUGUUUUUGUCAGAAAUUAUUUUUCAGUGUUUAUUAUUUUCUCCUCGGUUUUAAAAGACUAAAUUUAGAUUUAAAUUCUUUGUUUUCAACUGGAAGUGACAUCUGUUGCUUUCAGAACUCUUUUGCAUCACAGUGAAAUUUAAAAUUAAACUGAUUUAUUAAAACAAAAAAGUCAUAUAAAAGUAUGAAGUUAAAACAAAUUGUAAAUAUAAAACGAGUUCUUGUAAAAACAAAAUAAUUAUCUAUUACUGAUGAUACAAACAAAUAUAUUUACUAACAAUUCAUUACUUUUUACAUACUUUACUGUUUUUGUAACAAUCUUCUUGAAUUUAAUCUGAUAUUUUUAUUUUAUUUAUUUUUUUAAACAAACCUCCUCCUCAGCAUCAUGUCGUGUUUAUAUUUAAUCUUUCUAACAGUCUGUGAGACGUUAAAGGACCCGUUUGUGUUGUUUUGAAGUGAUGUGAUGUCAUUGAUGACAUCACUGAUGACAUCACUGUUGAUCGUUUGUUUUCUGUUUGGUUACCAUGGAGACCAACGUCUUCAAUGACAAACUGACCUGGUGAUGGACUUCACUACCCACAAUGCAACAGUGAGCUCUGAGGAAACCCAAGUGACGUCUCCUGAUGUGUCACGAGCCAAUCAGAAACAGACCCAGUGAUGAUGUCAUCAGGACUGUUUUUGAGUUUGAAAGGUGUUUCUCAGAGACCAUUUUUGUGCUCUUGGUACAGAAGAAUCCAGUAUCCUGCUCCUCUUCAUCUUCCUCACUGGUUCUGUCCUCCCAGCCGAUCUGAACUCUGACUGCUGAAAGUGGUUUGGUGUGUUCAGACUGGUUCUUCUUCCUGUGUGAAUCCAGUUUCUUCUCGUCAGUCUUUGCUCUGCAGAACUCUCUGCUGUCCAACAACAAACCUGCUUGAGUUUGAAUGUAUUUGUAAAUGUUUGAAUGAUUCUUUUUAAACCGGACCGAUGCGGUCCAGCUGAAGUGGCACUUUGAUGGACGGUUAAUUCUGAUCUAACACCUGUGUGUGCAGUCACCUGACCUGUGGAAACUACGAGCAGUUUUAGUGUCAAUAAAGUGUUGAAUGACAAAA